AUGUUCUGGUCUCCAGCACUCUCGGGAAUUUCGGCAAUGAACGCGCCGACAAAAAGGCUGACAUGGCCUCUAAGCAGGCGAAGGAUUUGGCGAACUUCCCUUUCGCCCAACCUAGGUUGGCACUCACAAGAUAUUCGAUACCAUCUUGGGACUCGACUUCGGCUCUCAGUACACGCAUCUGAUGAGGAAGACGAUAGUGAUGGAUCCGAUGAUGAUGAAAUUGCAGGGUGA